CUAAGAUUAAUACAAGAUCUACAUUUGAAUAUAUUAUAGCAGGAGUAACAGAGCAAGCUGUUUUUAAUUUAUUUAAAACUAAAAAAAAUGUUGCUUUAGUUUCAUCUUUUAGAAGUGCUACUGCUACUAUUAAACUUCUAAAAUUGUUGUCAAUAGCUGUAACCAUUAAUAAUAUUAUAUCAAAUUGA